AUGCCAUACAGAUUUGAGAUUGCCGCUCAAGGCCGUGCUGGCUGCAAGGCCCCUGAUUGCAUCGAAGAGAGGAUUAAGAUUGCCAAGGGUGAAUUACGUGUUGGCACAUGGGUGGACAAUGCGACCUUCCAGGCCUGGUACUGGCGCCACUGGGGUUGCUUUACCCCCAAGCAAAUCCUGAACGUUACGAAGGAGCUCACUACGGACUCUGGGGAUCUUGAUUUCUCUCUCCUUGACGGCUUCGAUGAGCUUACCGAUGAGCUCCAGGAGAAGGUUCGCAAGGCCAUCGAAGUGGGUCACGUCGAAGAUGAGGAAUGGAAUGGCGAAAUUGAAUUCAACCGUCCUGGACAUGUUGGCAUGCGUCCCAAGAGCCGCAAGACCAAGGCCAAGGCCGAUGAGUCUGAGGAAGCUGAGCAGUCCUCUCCUGCUCAGAAGCAUGGCUUGACUGAUUCCGAGAAUGCCGAGGAGGAGCCCGCCAAGAAGAAGCAAACUCGUACCAAGAAGGCUACCGAUAAUCAGGAUGAUGCUAUUGCCGAGGCUGCUAUCGUUGACACUGAGCCCAAGGACGCCAAGAAGCGUGGCCGCGGCGCAAAGAAGGCUGCUGAGGACCAAGUUACUGUCACGGAGGCUGAUGUCAAGGUUGAGCCUAAGAAGCGUGGCCGUGGCCGCCCCCCCAAAGAAGACGAGGGUGCCGAUGCUGACACUGAGAUGACCACCGAGCCCACUGAGCCCAAGAAGCGUGCUCGUGCCAAGAAGGUCACCAAUGAAACUGCCUCUGCUGAUAUCGAGCCCAAGGAGGAACAAACCGAGCCCAAGAAGCGUGGUCCUCGUGCCAAGAAGAUUACCACUGAAACUGCCUCUGCUGAUAUCGAGCCCAAGGAGGAACAAACCGAGCCCAAGAAGCGUGGUCCUCGUGCCAAGAAGAUUACCACUGAAACUGCCUCUGCUGAUAUCGAGCCCAAGGAGGAACAAACCGAGCCCAAGAAGCGUGGUCCUCGUGCCAAGAAGAUUACCACUGAAACUGCCUCUGCCGACAACGAGCCCAAGAAGCGUGCUACUCGUGUCAAGAAGGUUACCAAAGAUGAAACUGCCUCUGGCAACGUUGAACCCAAGGAGCCCACCAAGCGUGCUGCUCGUAGCAAGAAAGUUGUUACCUCCGUUUCCGACAACGAGUCCGGCGAAGUUGCCCCUGCCAAUGAGGAUCAGCCAAACAAGAAGGCGCCAAUGACUCGUGCAACUCGUGCCAAGAAAGGUGCUCAGGAAAUUGUCGCCCCCGCCGACAAGGAUGUCUCUGACAAUGAGGCCGCCACUAUCUUCGUGCCUGCCAAGAAGCGUGCAGUUCGUGGCAAGAAGGAUGUGAACAAUGUUUCUCCCGUGGAGAAGGAUGUCUCCUCCGCCGACAAGACUGGUCCUACCAACGGCGAGACGAAGAAGUCUACCACUCGUGUGAAGACUGCAAAUACCGCAAAUACCAAGAACGGCUCGAACGCUGCCAACGGAGCCAAGACCAAUGGAGCAGAUGCUGUAAAGGAAGAACACGCUGAGGAAUCUACCGAGAAGCCCAAGCGCACUCGCAGUGCCAAAAACAAGACCAACGACAACAAUGCCACUGAGAACAAGCCAAAGGCAACUCGCACCCGGAAGACGGCUGCUGACAAGGUUGCUGAACCCUCCGACGCUACCAAGGAGAAGCCUAAGACCGGAGGUCGCAAGCCGGCUGCCGCGAAGGUCACCGAUGAGUCUGCUGACCAGGCUGACAAGGGGCCUACUGAGGCCUCCACUGAGAAAUCUGUUGAGGACACCGCUGUGAAGUCUGAGGAUGGUCCCAAGAAUGCUUCCUCCGAGGUUCCCGAUGAGCCUAUUGCCGACACUACCGAGACUGCUGAGGGCGCUACUGUGAAGCUCGUUGAGGGCGUUACCGAAAAGGCCACUGAGAACGCUACUGAGCCGACCUCUGGGGACGUUACCAAGCAGCCCCUCGAGUCUCCUCUGAAGCCAGUCAAGGGAGAGGAUUACGAUGACGACUCCUAA